AUGGCCUCAUCAACGGGAUCGCGGUUACUUGAUUUGCCCUACGAACUUCGUGAACGCAUUUUCCAUGCCGCCCUCCAACAAUCCGGCACCAUCGAACUACAAUACCCACUCUGGGCAGGCAGAAGCACAUUCAUCCAGCCUUUGUUCCACGUCUGUCGCUCACUCCGCGACGAGGUAGUGCAAGCGUUCUACCAGACCAAUGUCUUUCUCUGGGUAAUCGAUUCGGCCGCUCCCCGUGGCGACCCAUCCGAGUACCCCGAAGCGGACGACGAUCCGCAUCAGCAGUGGCGUCUAAAUCCGGAGAGCGUUUUGGGACCAGGGGAGCAAGCCUUGACACGACCUGUACCGUGGUUGUAUCCGCACUUGCGCCAGCAUCUCCGGCGUUUGCACGUCAAUGUCUAUUUACCAUCUAAUCUGAUUGGAGAUCUAGUCGCAUGUCAACACUGGCAGCACGACUUCCCGCAAGCGCUUGAGAAGCUGGUCAGUUAUCUUGACCGCGGCGAGAGGCUGAAGGAACUGCAGAUAUUAUUCACGGCGCCCAAACGCUUCAAUACCCGCUUCCCGCUGGCCGGUGAGCAGGUCAAAGCUCUCGAGAUUCUGGCUCAGAUGCGGGUCCGAGGAUCUAUACGUGUGCUGUACAAAUGGGGCUUCAAGGAAGUGCAAGAGAGUAUUGAGGCAUUGAGAUUGGAGCAGAGGAUCAGCGGACGUGACGACGUACAGCAGCGUCGGUUGCAGGUCUGA